UCCUAUUAAGAAAUACCCCUAGCCCAUAAUAGAUUUUUAAAUAAUUUAGGCAGUCAUUAAAAACCCUUCAAAAUUUAAACCCUUGCGUGACUCAAAUCAAAGCGAUCCUUUCGUUCUUUUUAAAAAGUUACUUUAUCCAGCGCACGUUGUAUGUUUUUAUGUUUUAUUUGUUUAGUUUGAGAUAGGGUUGUUCACAUUAUAGUCCUCCUGGCUGGCCUGAAACUUAAUAAGUAUCCCAGGAUAGCCUCUAACUUGUGGCAGUCUUCCAUUGGAUCCUAAUUAUCUCUAAAGCAGGGUGAUUAUUAUUGGUUUCAUUUUAUAGGUGGAUAUUGAAGAUCACAAAGGCCAAGUAAUUUGCUCUAGGUCCUACUUCAUUUGUGUUUGAAAUGGAUAUAAUAUGUAUUUAAACAUGUGCCUUUUAAAGAAUUUAAAUCCUGAGUUAAUGUGGACAGACAAAUGAAGAGAAAACAAUGUCUGCCAACCUAAAGUAUCUUUCCUUGGGAAUUUUGGUGUUUCAGACUACCAGUUUGGUUCUAACAAUGCGUUAUUCUAGGACUUUAAAAGAGGAGGGUCCUCGUUACCUGUCGUCUACAGCAGUGGUUGUGGCUGAACUUUUGAAGAUAAUGGCUUGCAUAUUUUUAGUCUACAAAGACAGUAAGUGCAGUGUGAGAGCACUGAAUCGAGUGCUGCAUGAUGAGAUUCUCAAUAAACCCAUGGACACCCUUAAGCUUGCUAUUCCAUCAGGGAUAUAUACUCUUCAGAAUAAUUUACUCUAUGUAGCACUGUCAAACCUAGAUGCAGCCACUUAUCAGGUUACUUAUCAGUUGAAAAUACUUACAACAGCGUUAUUUUCUGUGUCUAUGCUUGGUAAAAAAUUAGGCGUGUACCAGUGGCUCUCCCUAGUAAUCCUGAUGGCAGGAGUUGCUUUUGUGCAGUGGCCUUCAGAUUCUCAAGAGGUGAAUUCUAAGGAAAUUUCAACGGGCUCGCAGUUUGUAGGCCUCAUGGCAGUUCUCACAGCAUGUUUUUCAAGUGGCUUUGCUGGAGUUUACUUUGAGAAAAUCUUAAAAGAAACAAAACAAUCAGUAUGGAUAAGAAACAUUCAACUUGGGUUCUUUGGAAGUAUAUUUGGAUUAAUGGGUGUAUACAUUUAUGAUGGAGAAUUGGUAUCCAAGAAUGGAUUUUUCCAGGGAUAUAAUCAACUGACGUGGAUAGUUGUUGUUCUGCAGGCACUUGGAGGCCUUGUAAUAGCUGCUGUCAUUAAGUAUGCAGAUAAUAUUUUAAAAGGAUUUGCGACCUCCUUAUCCAUAAUAUUGUCAACAAUUAUAUCCUAUUUUUGGUUGCAAGAUUUUGUGCCAACCAGUGUCUUUUUCCUUGGAGCCAUCCUUGUAAUAGCAGCUACUUUCUUAUAUGGUUAUGAUCCCAAACCUGCAGGAAAUCCUACUAAAGCAUAAUCAAGUACUAUCUUGAGCUGGUUUUUCACGACGGUGCCCUAGGAAUCUCAACAUUAAUCGUGCACAGAGGACUUCAGCAGAUUCUGUGAAGAUAUCAUCAUGCUAAGUCUGAUCAUACUGUUCAAAUGAUUUGAAAACGUGUAGGCUUCAGGAUGAAAUGUGUACAUCAUCUGGAAACCCAAACUUGGAAGUGUCCAGGGAGUAGGGUUAGAGGGAUACUGGGAGGGGCCUGAAGUCUGAGCUCAUAAUGACUUCACCCUUUUGGUUGCUGCAGAACUGUCCAGUGCAGCCUUUGGAAGAGCACACAAAUGCAAAUACCAAUGUUUGCAAGGUAGAUCUACUUAGUCUUAUCACAUGUUUUUAAUCUUACUUUUUCUGUACAGAUAUAUCAAAUUACAUGGACUAUUCAAAGUUAGAAAAUUAUAACUGCCUAUAAAACUGUGAACAAACAAAUAUAAUUUAAAACCAUUUUCAUGUAUCUGGGAUUUUUAUAUUCAUAGAAGAUUGCUAAGCAAAUGAUUGCUAAAUGUUAUUUGUUAAAUUGCAUAAAACUUGAUAAAGUAGUAGUCUGGGUUUGAUUCAUAUUUAAAUUUAGUGUAGAGAGAAUCUAUUUCUCUCUUUGUAUCUUAGACCAUUUAUUGCUUUGAGACAUCUGAAUGCAGUUUGGUUCUUUAUAUGCUGGAGUAGCCAGUGACUUUGACACUAAUGAAGUUUUACCUAUCAUUUUCCAGUUGUAUUUCUUUUCCAUAUUUAAGAGAAAUUCUUAGUAUCACCUUAAAUUGAAUUUGUGUGUGUUGCCGUUAAAUUUUUAAUGAAUUUAAAGAGAUUAAAUACUCAUUUAAUAAUUGAAAAUAAAAUAACAAUUACUGUCCAGUCCCCAUGUGGAGAAAUCUGAAUUAUGAAGUAUAUACUGUAUAUAGUUUUGAAAUGGAGAAUUUUCUUGUUAUUCUUCAGUAGGAAUUUCUUUCAAUCUGUCACUAUUGGCAGAAGCAACAAUCAAAAAAGUAGUAUUAGUCAUAUUAGUGAACCAAGAACAAACUGACUUUCUUACAGACAUUUCCUACUGUCAUUUUUUUUUU